AUGUGCACUGCGUGCAACUCAGUAAUCCCUUGUAACUUGCAAGUCAACUCCAGCUUCGCCAGCCACUCUUCUACUGCCUGCGAUGUGCCGUCAAACUCCAGAAUUAAGCGGAGGUCCAUCGAUGUCACUUUAGGGAAAUCAGGUGAGUUCUACAAGCAGCCUAUGUUCUAUGUGAUGGGUCACUUCAGCAAGUUUAUAGCUCCAGGAGAUCGAGUUAUAUCUUCUACUGUGUCUAACGGAUAUGAACACGUGCGAGUAGCGGCAUUCCAGCAUGGAUCCACGGACACUGCCUCCACUGUUGUUCUACUCAACAUGGGCGAAAACAUGGAAAAGGUAUCUGUGGAUGUGAGAGACAGUGAGGAAUUUGUCAACUUGGUAAUGCCAGCUAAAUCUAUAGUGUCUGUUUUGGUCAACACAGCAGCCACUACUCACUAAGAAAAUAUAACAAGCUUCCCUCUCAAUAUUUCUCUUCUUAUUGUCUUCGUGGUCAUCACACUUCUAACUACCAGAAUGGUUAUUCAGGAAGAAAAAAUAAAGGCAAAGCAAA